AUGCCAAAUUUAAAUAUAAUACAAAUUAAGAAAACAAAGUCUAGAGAAUUUAAAAGAAGUUUUAAUAAAGACGUUUAUUCAAAACAUGAUUGGUUAUGUGGUUGUUCUAAAACGAACCGUUUGUUUUGUUUUCCUUGUAUACUUUUUUGUCGUACUUCUGGUGAUAAAAAUUGGUCACAAAACGGAAUAAAUGAUUUAGCUCAUUUGAACGAUAAAAUUAGUACACACAUAAAAUCAAGUUCACAUAUAAAUGCACAUUUAAAUCUUAAACUUUUGGGUAAACAAGAUAUAAGGCAACAACUUGCAAAUGCAUUUAGGCUUAGUAUACAAAAACAUAAUGAAACUGUAACUAACAACCGUUAUAUUUUAUCUAAAAUUAUUGAUUGUAUUAAAUUUUGUGGUGCAUUUGAACUUGCUCUUCGAGGGCAUAAUGAGAAGUCAGAUUCUGAAAAUCCAGGAAUAUUUCGCGGACUUAUUAAUUUUAGUUCUGAAUUGGAUAAUACUUUACAAUUACACCUCGAACAGUCUACAGUAUUUAAAGGCCUUUCUAAAAUAAUUCAAAAUGAAAUGUUGGAAUGUAUGCUAUUUGUUAUUCGACAAAAUAUUAAAAAUGAAAUAAAAAACGCCGAUUUCUUUUCUGUUAUAUCUGACGAAACAACAGAUGUAUCAGCACAAUUUCAAAUGUCCAUAAUAUUUCGUUAUAUUUUAUCCAAUGGUACGCCAGUUGAGAGAUUUUGGGGCUUUUUUAAUCCAUCUGGACAUGAUGCAAAGUCACUAUCAAAGUGCAUAAAAUAUAACUUAAAAGUAGUAACAGAAAACCACGACAAAUUAAUCUCGCAAAGUUAUGACGGAGCUGCUGUGAUGAGUGGUCGACUUUCCGGCGUUCAAAAACUCAUAAAAGAUGAAUAUAAAAAUGCACAUUUUGUUCAUUGUUAUGCCCACCAGUUAAAUUAA